GGAAGCGGCCGCGGCUGUCGGCGCGGCUAUCUGAGCCCUCGAACAGAGGCCGGCGGCGGCCGGGAUGGAGGCCGGCGGCGCGCCGUGAGGGACUGGCUCUGCCUGCUGAGCAGAGGGCUCUGGUUGUGGGACCCCAGGCACGUAGGUUACAGGGACGCGUGUUGGUGUCUGCUCGGUGCCUGCAGACUUGGAUUCUGUGCACCUUACAGGCCAGCCGUUACGAUCUGCUUUCCUACGUGAGCUGCGCUGUGUAGCUGGAGUGAACAUUCAAUAAUGAGUGGUGCAGCGUUGGGCCUUGAGAUAGUAUUUGUCUUUUUUCUAGCCUUAUUCCUACUGCAUCGGUAUGGAGACUUCAAGAAACAGCAUAGGCUGGUGAUCAUAGCAACGUUACUGGCUUGGUAUCUUUGCUUUCUUAUUGUAUUUAUACUGCCUCUGGACGUCAGUACGACUAUUUAUAAUCGGUGCAAACUUGCUGUUAACUCCAGCCCUGCAGAAACUAAUGGCUCUUAUGUUACUCUUGCUCCAAGCAAGCAAAAAUGUUUGAAACCAUGGAGCUAUAUUCCUAAUGGAAUUAUGCCAAUUUUCUGGCGUGUUGUAUAUUGGACGUCACAGUUUUUAACAUGGAUUCUCUUACCUUUCAUGCAGUCAUAUGCUAGAUCAGGAGGAUUCUCCAUUACUGGAAAGAUUAAAACUGCGUUGAUUGAGAAUGCAAUCUAUUAUGGCACUUACUUGCUGAUUUUUGGAGCAUUUUUGAUAUAUGUGGCUGUAAACCCAAACUUCAAUUUACAAUGGAACCAACUUCAGACCAUUGGGAUAGCUGCUGCAAACACAUGGGGUCUCUUUCUUCUUGUAUUGCUUUUGGGUUAUGGUUUGGUGGAAAUACCCCGUUCUCACUGGAAUGGCGCCAAGAGGGGUUAUCUACUCAUGAAGACCUAUUUCAAAGCUGCCAAACUGAUGACUGAAAAAGCAGACGCAGAAGAGAAUUUAGAGGACAUUAUGGAGGAGGUCCGUAAAGUAAGUGAGAGUAUCAAGUAUAACCACCCAUUGAGAAAAUGUGUUGAUACAAUACUGAAAAAGUGUCCUACUGAAUACCAGGAAAGAAUGGGUAGAAACAUGGAUGAUUAUGAAGAUUUUGAUGAAAGACAGAACAGUUAUCCAAGUGAAAAAAGUUUGGUCAAACUUCACAAGCAGGUAAUCUAUUCAGUGCAGAGACAUCGUCGUACACAAGUCCAGUGGCAAAUUCUUUUAGAACAAGCAUUUUACCUAGAAGAUGUGGCAAAAAAUGAAACCAGUGCAACUCGACAGUUUGUUCAUACCUUUCAUUCCCAGGAACCAGAGAACAAAAUUAUUCAGUAUUUCUAUACACCAACAGUUGAGUGGUACUGGGAAUGUCUUCUACGACCAUGGUUUUACAGGGUGCUUGCAGUUGUUCUGGCCACGUUCUCUGUAAUUGUUGUAUGGUCAGAGUGUACAUUUUUCAGCACAAAACCGGUUUUAUCGCUAUUUGCAGUUUUCAUACAGCUGGCAGAAAAGACAUAUAAUUAUAUAUACAUAGAGAUGGCCUGUUUUCUUACCAUCUUUUUCCUAAGUAUCUGUGUUUACUCUACUGUCUUCAGAAUUCGUGUAUUUAACUAUUACUACUUAGCUUCACAUCAUCAGACAGAUGCGUACAGUCUCCUUUUCAGUGGCAUGUUAUUUUGCCGUCUUACUCCACCACUAUGCUUGAACUUUUUGGGCUUGACCCAUAUGGAUGCAACAAUAUCUCACAAAAACACUCAGCCAACUGCUUAUACAUCUAUAAUGGGAUCCAUGAGAGUCCUGUCCUUCAUUGCAGAUGGAUUCUAUAUAUAUUACCCAAUGCUUGUUGUCAUUCUCUGUAUUGCCACAUACUUUAGUUUAGGAACUCGUUGUUUGAAUCUUUUGGGAUUCCAGCAGUUCAUGGGGGAUAGUGAAAUGACUUCUGAUUUGAUUGAUGAAGGAAAAGAACUAAUCAGAAGAGAGAAAAGGAAACGACAAAGGCAGGAAGAAGGUGAAAACAGAAGAAGGGAAUGGAAGGAGCGGUAUGGAAAUAGAGACGAUUCCACUAGAAACAGAGUUGUGCACACAGACCAAAAAGAAUCCAGCUUCUCAGAGACCAAUACCAAUAGACCACUAUCAAAGUAUACCCGAUCAAAUGGUAAGACUGAAAGGGAUAGAAUAGAACUCCUCCAGGAUGCAGAGCCUUUGGAUUUUAAUGCUGAGUCAAUUAAUGAUGACCCUCUUGAAUCGGACUCGGGAAGGUACCAGCCUGGUGGAAGAUACCUGUCAAUGUCUCGAAGCAAAAUAUUUGAUGAUGUCUAAAUUCCUCAAAGCUGAAGAUUUGGUGGAUAUCUAUUUCCUAUUCAUUGUUUGGUAAAUAGUGUACUUAUGAUAUAUCGCUGAACCAGAAAAGACCAUUUUUGUUUAAAAAAAGAAUAUGAAGGAGCAACUGUUUUGGAAAUGCACCUGUAUGGUAACUUUCACUACUUACGACAAGAAUGUGCUUCUUCUGUUGUAGAUAUUGUUGUGCGUCAGUGUGGGCUUUUUUGUUAUGACCAAAAGGAGAAGACUAUUACUUAAGUUAGUAGAAGAUAAACUUCAUCAAUACACCUAGGGCUCAACUUGAACUGUAACUUUGUGAGUUUUAGGAAGGGGAUAUUUUGGAUGGAAUUUUUUUGUAUUUUACAAAUGCUGUGAGAGCAUCUUAAUGCAUCCAAAGUGCAGUUAUAUCAAUUACUGUAGUAAACACUUUCUAUAUUUUUUCUAUUUGAACUUUAUGCCUAGUCCAAAACCUACUGAAUUAAAUAAAGGCUUCUUUUGGUUUCAGUGGUCUUUGAAUCAGACCCUGUAUAAGCAGAAAGAUUGAAUGGCAGGCUGUUUUCCGUUAAAUCAUAAAAUACAUGUUCCAGUGUUUAAGGGUGGCUAAAAAGAAGAUGGAGACUCCCUUUUUACAAGGAGUCACGUCACAUGGAAAAGACAACGGGUAAUGGGUACAGGUUGCUCCUGGGAGAUUCUGAUUGGACAUAAGAGGAAAAUUUUUCACAGUGAGAACAAUCAGCCAUUGGAAUAAUCUCCCCACUGAAGUGGUUGAUUCUACAACACAGGAUGUUUUUAACAUUGAGGUCCCCAGUUCAAGAGAAACGGGGAACUACUGGAAAGGGUCCAGUGGAGGGCUAUGAAGACGAUUAGAGGACUGGAGCAUCUCCCUUAUGAGGAAAGGCUGAGAGCGCUGAGCCUGUGUAGCCUGGAGAAGAGAAGACUGAGAGGGGAUCUUAGCAAUGCAUACAAUAUCUUGAGGAUGAGUGUCAAGAGGAGGGGGCCAGGCUCUUCUCAGUGGUGCCCAGCAACAGGACAAGGGGCAAUGGGCACAAACUGCAUCACAGGAAGUUCCAUCUGAAUCUGAGGAGGAACUUCUUUUCUUUGAGGGUGACAGAGCCUUGGAACAGGCUGCCCUGAGAGGGUGUGGAGUCUCUUUCUCUGGAGACAUUCAAAACAACCCUGCGUUCAAUUCUGUGCAACCUGCUCUAGGUGAAUCUGCUUUAGCAGAGAGUUGGACUAGAUGAUCUCCAGAGGUCCCUUCCAAACCUAACCAUUCUGUGAUUCUGUGCUUUUGUCAACAAAGGUUGGACCAGAUGAUUCUUGAGGUCCCUUCCAACUUGGUAUUCUAUGAUUCUGUGAAUUUUUGGCAUAAAUUUUGGAGCAAGAAAGCAAGCAAUUGGUCAAGAAAGGCCAUUUCUUUUUCAUUGUAUGCAGAUAAAUGAUCUUAGCAUGUGUAAAUAGUUGAAACUGAAUAUGAAUCAGAGUUUCACUGUCAUAUGAGCAUAUGUGCAAUAGCAAGAAUACAUUAUCGAAGAUAAGACAUCUGCUUAAGAUUUUUACAGUUGUAACUGUUGAAAAUCUUGGCACACUAGUGUUUUUGUAACUGCAAAAGAAUAUAAUGUGAAAAUUGAGUUAAAUGCUGAAACAUUAUAAUUUGCACACACCUCAAGCACGGCUUCAAAUUGCAAAGUAUUUCAUUAAAAGAAGGGAAAUACAUAGCAUGACUAGAUAAUGGUAAACACUUUUAAUGUCCCAGAUGCCCUGGUUGCAUUAUGUAUCUGUUUUUAAGGUGCCUGUAUUUUGCAGUAAGUCGUUGCAAGAAGAAUAAUGCUUAUUCAUUUGAAUGCCAUUCAAAAAUGCCAAUUAUUAACAGUGUAAAAAAGCUUCACAUUAAUUUCAUUGGUGUAGAUAUAUUUUUAAACUGUAGUUAGUGGAAUGAAUUUUCAAAUGUAAUCAUAAGGUAAAAGAUGUGGUCAAAUUCAUGAUAUCUUUGGAAAUUUGGUUAAUUUAAAUUGUUGCUUUAUUGCAGUUUGUCUUAAAUCUUUACCACUUGGGAGGUUUCUUAUGUGCUUAUUGCAAAGUUACAUUGAAAACUGACAGAGAACAUGUUUCUAUCAUAAAUUCUUUAUUGUGCUUAAAAAACAGACAUCCCUUAACACAGCUAGGAAUGAGUUCUUCUGAAAAGUAAAUUUUCAUGAAUGAGGUGUUUUAGUAAUUUUUAAAAAUAGUCUUUGUUUUCUGAAGUAAUUGUUAAUGGGGAUCUAACUACCUCCUAUGAUUUAGUACAUCAUGUGUUCUAACAGUAGUGGUAUUUGUAAUAUAUUAAUCAGCCUGUUUGAAAACACUGAAUUGUUGCUAUGAAGGAGAAAAAAUACUCUAUUUGUAUAGAAAUAAUUAUAUUAAUAAAUCGGCAGACAUAAGAUAAUUGUCAGUUCUGUUCUUAGGUGAAUACACUGAUCAACAGCCAUGCCCUCAUGUAUUCAGGCUUACGCAGUGUCCAGGUUACCUGUGAGAGGACGCUUUUUUUAAUUUGGGUAUUUUAUAUUUUGUAAAAGCUUGACCAGAAUUUUACGGCUGUUUCAGGGACUGGAAUUUGAGAAAAUGAGACUCUUUUUGUUGGGGUUGUUCUUUAGCAACUUUAUGUUGGCACCUAUUCAUUUUAAAUCUACUUAGAAAUGCUAUCCUGAAUUCAGCCUUACAUGAAAGGGGUUGUAUGUGUUCUUGCAUAUGCAUCCACAUGAAUGUUCUUAGACUUGAUACUUCUAUUUUUAAAAUUUGUAUCUCAUUUAAUUUGUAAAAAGUUUCGGAUGAAAUAAGGUUCAAUUUCUUUAUUUAACUCUUGAAAUGUCACUACAAAGGGAUCUAAAUUCAGUGCUAAUAGAAAAGUCGCAGAAGGAAUGUUUGUUUUUCUGAAUGCAUGUGAAGUACCCUUACCUAGCCCUUGCUGGCUUCAGAGUUGGAACCUUGUCGGGGCCUGUUUUUUCUCCUCUCAGAAAAUUAGUGGAGUGGCUGCAAAUAGGACUUUCAGGAUUUUAUAUACCAAAGUAACUAGUCCCUGGUGUAAGCUCUCUGCGCAGUUUUCAUUGAGAUAGAACAAUUUGAGGACUUGGCUAAAUAAAUAAAUGGCAGUGGGCUAUCAGUUGCCAAUAUAGAAAUUCUGAGCUCAGUGAGGUGGGAAUCCACUGACCUUUUUUUUAAUGUUGCAGUGGAGUAGUGGAGUAACCAAUGGUUGCUUUUUGAGCUCUGAAGAUCUCAAGAAUUCUCCUCUGGAUUGUACUUGGAGAUCCCUGGUGUCUCAUGCUCACUGAACGCUGGGUGUUUGAAGUAAGAAGUUGAUAAGUGAAGUCAGAUUUCAUCCAUAGUGUUCAUUGCUGACCAGCAGAUACUCUUGCCCUAUUUAUGUGCAAUUUGUAGGACAAGUAAUUUAAAGUGUGUUUUGAACACCAGUUACAAGUUCAUCUGACUAAAUCUGGAAUACUUUCAACAAAGAAAUAGGGAGGACAGCUAUAAAAGCACAUAGCGGAAAUAAGGGAUAUGCCUGCACAGCAUUUACUGUGUGCUUGAGCUAGUUUUAAAUUAGUUUGGUUACUGCUAGUACAAGUAAUGCUGAACUUGUGUGAGGGCUAUGUACCUAAGGAUUUACCCCACUCCGAACUGGAAACGUUCAAGGUCAGAUUGGAUUGGGCUCUAAGCAACCUGAUCUAGUUGAAGAUGUCCCUGCUGAUUGCAGGGUGUUGGACUAGGUGAUCUUUAAAAGUCCCUUCCAACCCAAACCAUUUUAUGAUUCCGUGAUGAUUCCCAGCCAGAUUGCGGCAACUCUUGAUGAGUUCUUUGCUACUAUUGCUCUAGUCCUAACAGUACUACAGUAAAAAAAGUUAAAACUAGCUUUGGUAUGUUUAAGCAGUGACUGUACCAUAGGCUAAUGGUGUUCUUGCAUCAUAUUUGAUGCUCCAUAUUAGGUGAUAUAUAAUAUAACUGUCUUGCAAAUUGUGCUUUUGGGAACUGAAUGUUGGUGUAUUUAUUCUGUCACUAUUUAGUCAUAUUUAUUUGCAGCUAAAGAAUGACAAUUAAUGUAUUUCGUUUUUAUGUCGCUUUCUGAAUUACUGAGCAGUUAAGGUAUACUUCCAUUUCAUCAUAAUUUCCACAAUUUCCUCUUCAUCUGUGAACACCAAAAAAAUCCCCCAAAAACGCAAAAAACCCCACCCCAGUUAAGUAGAAAUGUUUGAAUAUCUUCAUGUCAGAGGUUCAAACCAGUGAAAAGAAUCCAUGCAAGUUGUAAUGAACUUCGAAAAGUGGGAGUGAAAACAGUAGCUACUUUAACAGUGUGUCAGUGUUAGAUUUCUUAAAAAGUAUGGAUAGCAAAAGGUCUGGUCAAACUUACUACUCCUACUAAAUCUGUAGGUCUGUUUUUUCAGGCAUUUAAAAAUAUACAUAUUCUGAUACUUAUAUUGUGAGUGAGUCCUCUGCACUCUGCUUAAGAAAGGUGCAUCUCUUGGCAGUGAAGUGAGAGUAUUUUUAUGAGGGAAAGUAAAAGAUAUGCAACUUCUGGUCUGUGCUAACAGUGACACUUUGGGCAAACUAUGAUGUAUUUUUUUAUUUAGGUACAACAACACGUUAAGAAGCAAACAUCAUACUACUGUAACUCACACUACUGAAAAUCAUGAGACUUAAUUUGCCUUUAUCUUGCAAACAAGCACUUGUAAAAUAGUCAUUAACAGUGUUAAUGGGGAUGGUGGAAAGCUGCGAUCUUUUCAAAAUUUAUUCUUACUAUUUUGAAACAUAACCAUGACAAUGAUUUUUACAUAGAAAGUAUUAAAAAAGUGAUUGCUCUGAUUUUCUGUACUUAUGGUAAUUUGUAUUUUAUUAAAUUUAUCUUGAAAUACUCUAAAUGUUAUGUGAAAAAUACAGUAUUUUGUUCCAAUUUUAAUUAUUGCUGUAAUUACUUGCAAUCUGAGAGGCUUUUACAAUACUAAAUAAGAGAUUACUUUAUGAAGGAAAGCUUUUUAUGAAAAGGCUUCUUAAAGAAAUCAGAUAUAUCCAUUAGAGACAAAUGUAAGCAUAUUAAUUAUUAACAAAAACACUACUUAGGGUGUGUAGAUAUAUAUAGUCUCCUAGCUUUUAAUUUUUCUUUAAAAUUCAGAAAAUGGUUCGUUUUUUCAGAGCAACUUAACUUGUGAACCUUGUACACUUUCUGAAACUCUUACAUUCCUUUUCCCUAAUGGGCUCUGCAGGAACACGUACUGCUUCGCAGCAGUUCUCUAAUACUAGCUGUGCCUCUAAUGAAGUAGUCUAGCCUGAAGCUGAGACACUCCUACACCAUUUGAUUACGUUAACAGAAACUCGGCAUUCCUAGCAAAAAAAGCACUUUGAAAUAGAUCCCUUUCUAAUGCAUUAAUUGCUGUCAUUGUUCACAUUGCAUUGUAUUUGGUGUCUUGUUUCAUUCAUAUGGUGAGCCCAGUCAGGUUUGUUCUUGGUUUCUAUUAAAGUGCACUGGAAUGUAUGUAUUCUUCAGCAUGCUUUUGUGUGUGCCUGUGUUUUAGUUGUAAUUGGCAGGCAAUAAUAAUAUGCAACUUCAGUUGUUUCUUCAGGUUAAUGUUAUAUUUGACAUAUUCCUGUGAAUUAUAAUAGUUCCAGAGUGAUAGCUUAGCUAUCACUGUAGGAAUUUAUUAAUUUCUAUAGAAAUACCUUCUAUUUCUAUAGAGGUACUGGAAGAUAAGGGAAUUAAUUUCUAAGUAUAGGUUUAGUAAUAGAAGAUCUUCAUUGUCCAGUGUAAUAUCAAGAUAGGCUGUAGGAGUGCUGCUUAUGGAUAGACUAUCUUCUUUUGCCUUAUGAUACAAGUAUGUAUGCAUAAUACCUUGUUUUGAAAUUCACUGAGUUACAAAUUUUUCUCUGUAGUGUUCUAAAUUAUUGUACUGGAUAUAUUUUUGAAAUGUGUGUUAAAAUAUCUAGUCAAAGAGUUAAGCUGGCAUGAAAUAAAUAAUUUCUGCACUGCA